GCUUCCACGUGAUCCCUUCAGUGUCCAACAUCGUUCCCGAGAGCUGCCUGCUCAUCGUGGUGGGCCUUUUGGUUGGGGGGCUCAUCAAAGGGGUGGGUGAAAAGCCCCCCAUUCUCAAGUCGAACAUCUUCUUCCUCUUCCUCCUUCCACCCAUCAUCUUGGAUGCCGGCUAUUUUCUCCCCUUGCGCCAAUUUACCGAGAACCUGGGCACCAUCCUCAUCUUCGCUGUGGUGGGGACGCUCUGGAACGCCUUCUUCUUGGGUGGCCUGAUGUACGCCGUGUGCCAGCUUGGCGGCCCCGGCCUGAACCAUAUUGGUCUCCUGGCCAACCUGCUCUUCGGCAGCAUCAUCUCAGCCGUGGAUCCGGUGGCCGUGCUGGCCGUCUUUGAGGAGAUCCACAUCAACGAACUGCUCCACAUCUUGGUCUUCGGGGAGUCCCUUUUGAACCUCCCCCUUCCCUCUUCCUCCCAGGUCCUCUACCACCUCUUUGAGGAGUUUGCCAACUUCGAGCAGGUGACCAUUAUCGAUAUCAUCCUCGGCUUCCUCAGCUUCUUCGUGGUGUCGUUGGGUGGUGUCUUCGUGGGCGUCAUUUAUGGGGUGAUCGCUGCCUUCACCUCCCGCUUCACCUCCCACAUCCGAGUCAUCGAGCCCCUCUUCGUCUUCCUCUACAGCUACAUGGCGUAUCUCUCUGCUGAGCUCUUCCACCUCUCUGGCAUCAUGGCGCUCAUCGCCUCUGGCGUGGUCAUGCGGCCCUAUGUGGAAGCCAACAUCUCCCACAAGUCCCACACCACUAUCAAGUAUUUUCUCAAGAUGUGGAGCAGCGUGAGUGAGACCCUCAUCUUCAUCUUCCUGGGUGUCUCCACGGUGGCUGGCCACCACUACUGGAACUGGACCUUCGUCAUCAGCACACUGCUCUUCUGCCUCAUCGCAAGAGUUUUAGGCGUCCUGGUCCUCACCUGGUUCAUCAACAAGUUCCGAAUCGUGAAGCUGACGCCGAAGGACCAGUUCAUCAUCGCAUAUGGGGGCCUGCGGGGAGCCAUCGCCUUCUCCCUCUGUUACCUCCUGGACUAUAAGCAUUUUGGCAUGAGGGACAUGUUCCUCACAGCCAUCAUCACGGUCAUCUUCUUCACAGUUUUCGUGCAGGGCAUGACCAUCCGGCCCUUGGUGGACUUGCUGGCCGUGAAGAAGAAGCAGGAGACAAAGCGCUCCAUCAAUGAAGAGAUCCACACGCAGUUCUUAGAUCACCUUCUGACGGGGAUCGAGGAUAUCUGUGGUCACUAUGGGCAUCACCACUGGAAGGACAAGCUGAAUCGCUUCAACAAGAAGUAUGUGAAGAAGUGCCUGAUUGCAGGGGAGCGGUCCAAGGAGCCGCAGCUCAUCGCUUUCUAUCACAAGAUGGAGAUGAAGCAGGCAAUCGAGCUGGUGGAGAGCGGGGGCAUAGGCAAGAUCCCCUCCGCUGUCUCCACUGUCUCCAUCCAGAACAUCAACCCUAAGACCCUUCCCGUGGAGCGCAUCCUUCCAGCCCUGUCCAAGGACAAGGAGGAGGAGAUCCGGAAAAUCCUUCGCAACAACCUGCAGAAAACCAGGCAGCGGUUGCGAUCCUACAACCGGCACACACUUGUGGCUGACCCCUACGAGGAAGCCUGGAACCAGAUGCUCCUGCGGCGGCAGAAGGCCCGGCAGCUGGAACAAAAGAUGAACAACUACCUGACGGUGCCGGCUCACAAGCUCGAUUCACCCACCAUGUCCCGCGCUCGCAUAGGCUCAGAUCCGCUGGCCUACGAACCCAAGGCGGACUCGGAGUACCUGCUCCUCAUCACACCCGAGGAGGAUGAGGAGGGGCUGGUGAUGCGGGUGAAGGAGCCUUCCUCCCCGGGUACUGACGAUGUCUUCACCCCGGGGACCGGCGACAGCCCCAGCAACCAGCGGAUGCUGCGAUGCCUGAGCGACCCGGGCCCUCGGCCGGAGCCGGAGGAGGGGGAACCCUUCAUCCCCAAGGGGCAGUAG